AAUAAUGGAACAUUUUGACGCAUCUCUUAGUACCUAUUUCAAGGCUUUGCUAGGCCCCCGAGAUACCAGAGUAAAAGGAUGGUUUCUUCUGGACAAUUAUAUACCCACUUUUAUCUGCUCCAUCAUAUACUUGCUAGUUGUAUGGCUGGGACCAAAAUAUAUGAAGAAUAGGCAAGCAUUCUCUUGCCGGGGAAUUUUAGUGGUGUAUAACCUGGGACUCACGUUGCUGUCUCUCUAUAUGUUCAUUGAGUUGGUGACAGGAGUAUGGGAAGGCCAGUACAACUUCUUCUGUCAGGGCACACGCACCGCCGGAGAAUCCGAUAUGAAGAUCAUCCGUGUGCUCUGGUGGUACUACUUCUCCAAACUAAUAGAAUUCAUGGACACCUUCUUCUUCAUCUUGCGCAAGAACAACCACCAGAUCACAGUGCUGCAUGUCUACCACCAUGCCACGAUGCUGAACAUCUGGUGGUUUGUGAUGAACUGGGUCCCUUGUGGCCACUCUUAUUUUGGUGCCACACUUAACAGCUUCAUCCACGUGCUCAUGUACUCAUACUAUGGGCUGUCAUCUGUCCCUUCCAUGCGACCAUACCUCUGGUGGAAGAAGUACAUCACCCAGGGUCAGCUGCUUCAGUUUGUGCUGACCAUUAUCCAGACCAGCUGUGGUGUCAUCUGGCCAUGUACCUUCCCUCUUGGUUGGUUAUACUUCCAGAUUGGAUAUAUGAUUUCACUGAUCACUCUCUUCACAAACUUCUACAUUCAGACCUACAAUAAGAAGGGGUCAUCCCGGAGAAAAGACUACCUGAAGGAGCACCAGAACGGCUCUGUGGCUGCAGUGAAUGGACACAGCAACAGCUUCUCCACCCAGGAAAAUGUGAAACUGAGGAAGCAGCGGAAGGACUGAGAGGGUAGAGUCUGGCUUCCUGAACCCUUUUGUCCAACUGUCAGCACUUAACUUGUGCCUGAUGCCUGUAGCCGCUGCCGUAGCUACUUUGGCCUACACUAGUGUUGAUUUCUGUUAGGACCACAAUAGUUCCAAACCCCUAGAACUUGUACACAAAUUAUACAUGUAGGCAUCUGGCUGCUAACAUUUCUGGACUCCUACCGACCCCUGCGCUAGACUCUGGAGGGAGUGUUAAUUGUAGUAUACAACACUGCUGUUGCCUUAUUAGUUAUAACAUGAUAGGUGCUGAACUGUGACUUAACAAUUUAAAAACACUGUAAUCCAGAUUUUUUUUAUUAUAGAUUAUGCAUGUGAUUAUAAAUUUGUACGACGUUAUGACAGUAGAGACACACACAUGCCUUAAAUUUACAAAGCAGGGCCCAAAGCUUAUUCGUUUCAAUUAGGGUCUGUUUCAAAUUUUAUUUUUAGUAGCUCAGUUUAGAAAAAUCAAACUGAUUUAUGAAACUAGCAAGUAAUCCCUAAUUUAAGGGACUUGUAACGUGAAAAAUUAGAAAUGACAGCUUGAGAUUAAAAUAUUGGCUUUAAAUCAGACAGAAUCUAAUCAAGGAGAACAGGCAGUUCAGCUUUUUACCAGAUCGUAUUUUUUUAUUUUCAAUGCCACUGUUAAUGUUAAAAAAAAAAGGUGGGAGAGGCUUGAGAGCCAUUUUGAGAAAACCUGAAUAUAUUUU